AACGAUACACAAUUCUCUAGGUGAUUUUAGCUUGUUAUGGUACUGUUAGUACCAAUAGUUUUAUUUGGAAAGUUGAAACGUUUAAACCGAUCUGUCGUAUCCGUUUUUAAGAUGGCUGCCUGACUGUAUAAUAAGAUAUUUGUUGUGUAUUUAUUAUAGCUAGACAAGCUAACGUCAGCUAGCCUGAAAGGCAGGUAGGUCCCUCCCACUAGUCUUCUGAGAAACGUUUUCCAAAAAGUUUUUUUAGGGGUUUACUCGGUAUUAAUUCCACCAAAAGUAGCAUCUCAUCUUCAUCCGCUUAUCCGGUAUCGGAUCGCGGGGACAGCAGCUCCAGCAGGGGACCCCAAACUUCCCAAAAGUUGCGUUUUAGUAAAAAAAAAAAAUGCUAAGAGUUUCUAUUUAAGAAAUUACUUUUCAAACAGAACGGGAGUGGAAGACGUCUCUACCUGUUUCCAAUAGAAACGGGUGACCAUGGUUCUGCUGUGUUCUGUAAUGGUGACCAUGUUUUGAGGGAACACAGAUGGCUGCCCGGAUUCCUCUGGUCCUCCUGGCCUGCGGCUCCUUCAAUCCCAUCACCCACCAGCACAUGAGGCUGUUUGAGCUGGCCAGGGAUCACUUGCACCAGACGGGUCGCUUCCAUGUGAUUGGUGGGAUUCUGUCCCCAGUGAGUGACGGAUAUGGCAAGCAGGGUCUGGUCCUGGCCAAGCACCGCGUUGCCAUGGCCCGGCUGGCUCUGCAGAGCUCCGACUGGGUCUCUGUGGAUGAAUGGGAGAGCCAGCAACCGGACUGGACCGAGACCGUGGUCACCAUGAGGUACCAUUACGACCGGAUACUGAAGCGGUACCGGGAGGGCACGGGAAAGGACAGUGGCCCGACCGCCAACCCCCAGCCCCCCACAAGUUCUUCCCCCAGGCUGAAGUUGCUGUGCGGCGCUGACUUCCUGGACUCCUUCAAGGUGCCGGGCCUGUGGCUGGACCACCACGUGGAGGAGGUCGCCGGCCGCUUCGGCCUGGUCUGUGUCAGCCGGGGGGGCCUAGAUCCAGAGCGUGCGGUGCACGAAUCGGACACCCUGUCCCGCCACCGCCACAACAUCUUCCUGGUGCGCGAGUGGGUCCGCAAUGAGACCAGUGCCACAGAGGUCCGGCGAGCCCUGAGACGGGGCCUCAGUGUCAAGUACCUACUCCCAGACUCUGUCAUUGAGUACAUCCACCAGCACGACCUCUACACCAGGGACAGUGAGCUAAAAUAUAAAGACGCUCUACUCCGGCCACUUGCCAAGCAGACCGAGAUUCCUGUAUUGUCUCUGAGCGACUGACUGGGUGAAGAGUGUGUUUGAAGAACACAAAGGCUGCCACUGGGCUUCAUUAAAGGAAGCAUAUAAUGCAGGAAUAGCAGAUGACCCGUGACCGGAAGGACCGGCUCUGUGACCAGGAGUACCGGCUCUUUGGGUCGCAUCUAGUUCACUGGUGUCCUCAGUUGAACCGGCGGGACGCAGAACUGUGUUUAGCAUUCAGCGGUUUCCCGUCUUGUCAGAACACUUUUACUUUUAGUACACAUUUUGAUGUUAGCAUUGGCAAACUUGGAAUGGUGAAGACAUUGUUGCAGCAUUAUGAGUAGCCAGAGAUACCAGGGGGCCUCAUUUAUCUGAGCUGCUUGUGCACAAAUUUAAUAAAUCUAUUAAAACAUAAAACAAUAUUGUUGGACCGAAUGCAUUUGCAAUUAGUGAUGAAGUGGCGUAGCAGCAUCUGAAAUGGUUUUUGCCAGCUGGAAGGUAUUUGUUAAUAAGGAUAUAGCUUUGAGGAAAUGGUCUUUCAAUAAAAAUGAAUCAGAAAAACA